AUGCCACCAAUUCGCAGUGAAUCUAGCCAUAAAUUGGCCAACCAAGAGGGCAAGAUCCUAUUGGCCCUUUCUGAUUUAAAAGAGGGCCGUAUCUCUUCUAUCCGCGCAGCAGCAAAGCUAUAUGAGAUACCCUACACUACCCUACAUGCGCGCGCCGAUGGCCGCGUCUCACGCGUUGAUAAGCGCCCAUCUGGUCAUAAAUUGACCCAAACCGAAGAGGAUGCGCUUGCUGAGUGGAUAUUAUCUAUGGAUUCACGUGGAGCAGCGCCUAGACCGGCUACUGUGGGAGAAAUGGCUAAUAUCCUGCUUGCUACGCGCGGUAGUAACCCUCCGCCUACUGUUAGUGUCAAUUGGCCAUCAAGCUUUAUUAAACGCCGCGAUGAGCUUCGAUCUCGCUUCUCGCGAAGAUAUGAUUACCAAAGAGCCCUAAACGAAGAUCCGAAAUCGAUUCGGCAGUGGUUUACGACCGUACAGCGCACAAUCGAUGACAAGGGUAUACAACCGGAGGAUAUCUACAACUUUGAUGAGACAGGCUUUGCAAUGGGCCUUAUAUCUUCGCAGAAAGUGGUUACAAGAGCUGAAUACUACGGUCGGCCACGUCUUCUACAACCAGGAAAUCGCGAAUGGGUUACUGCGAUCGAAGCAAUCUGCGCAGAUGGCUAUUCACUACCGCCAUGUAUAGUCUUCAAAGGCAAAGUGGCUAUUGCAGGAUGGUUUAACGAAAAUCUACCGAAAGACUGGCGAAUCGAGGUCUCUGCCAACGGUUGGACUACCCAUGAGAUUGGCCUACGCUGGUUACAAAAGAUCUUUAUACCAUAUACGAAUUCGCGCGUACGAGGUCGGUUUCGGCUAUUGAUUCUUGAUGGUCAUGGUAGCCACCUUACACCCCAAUUCGACCGAAUCUGCACAGAAAACGAUAUUAUACCUCUUUGCAUGCCUGCGCAUUCAUCGCAUCUACUACAACCACUAGAUGUUGGGUGUUUUGCAGUGGUUAAGCGCGCGUACGGUCGCUUCGUUAGCGAUCUUGCGCGUAGAGGAUAUAACCAUAUCGACAAGCACGAUUUCUUAGUGGAUUACCAGCACGCGCGGCUAGAAGCGUUCCAAUCAACCAAUCCUACUAUCAAAAACAGCUUCGCAGCUAGCGGUCUAGUACCAUUAGAUGCUGAGAGAGUACUUAAUAAGCUUAAUAUCUCUCUACGAACUCCAACACCACCAAACAGCCGGCCAAGCAGCAGAUCUAGCGAAUUCACACCACAAACGCCUAGAACCGCUACUCAGCUAUUCAAGCAAGCUUCUAUGUUAAAAGAUCUACUAAAACGGCGGUCAAAUAGCCCUCCGAGCCCAUCAAAGGAGAUCCUAGACCAGAUGAUUAAGGGGUUCCAGCUAGCGCUUCACAGCAGUGCACUACUAGCAGAGGACAACGCGAAUUUACGCAUGGCGAAUGAGAAGAUGGUCAAAAAGCGCAAUCGGUCAACUAAGAAGAUACCCUGCGAAGAGGGUUUAACCAUUGAAGAGGCUAUACAGCUAGCUACGCAGCUAAACCAGCCAGAGGAAGAUGAUGGGGUAGAUUCGCAUGCAGAGGUCGAAUUGCCUAGUCAGCCAACUAGGCCAGCAGCUAGGGCUCCGCCUAGGUGUAGUGGAUGCAGGGAGAUUGGCCACAGGAUUAAUGUAUGUAAAAAUCGCUAUAUCUAAUUGAAUUGAUAGGUGUUGGUUGAGAU